UGACAGGUGAAGGACUUGAGCUGGAUGAACUGAGUGCAGCCAGUGAGAUAUUUUCCUGUUUGUCAAGUUUCAAGACUCACAUAUCAAAGAGUCAUGGCAGCAGAGCUCAUCUGUCUGCAGCACACAUGAAGCCCAGCAGGGCCGAGAAGGAGGCAUCGCCUUACAGGGCAAAGGAGCGGACGAUUGGCUGCACGGUGUGUGGGAAAGUAUUCAAGCGCUCCUCCACCCUCUCCACACACCUGCUCAUACACUCCGACAUCCGGCCGUACCCCUGCGAGUACUGCGGCAAACGCUUCCACCAGAAGUCCGACAUGAAGAAACACACUUUCAUACACACCGGAGAGAAGCCCCACGUCUGUCAGAUCUGCGGCAAAGCCUUCAGCCAGAGCUCCAACCUCAUCACCCACAGCCGCAAACACCGGGACGACCGGCCGUACCGCUGCCCGCUCUGCCUCUACAGCUUCCAGCACAAAGUCGAGCUGCGGCAGCACCAGGACCACCACUGCGUCUACCGCUGACCCCCCCCACGCAGCCCGGGACGCAGCUUCCCGCCUCUGUAAACCAGGAGAAACACUUGGAGGACAGGCAGCUGCUCACUGUGGAGCUAUCAGUGAGGCCGUCCAGACUUUCUGCUGCUGAUGUUCCAGAUGUUUCAGUUCCUGAAGGGAAACCAACGGAAGUCUCUUUUUUUACUCUAUGAAAGGAGGAAAACAUGGAAGCCAUGAUUAACUGAAAUCUACCAACUCCCUGCUCAGCUGUACAAUUUUAGGUAUUCAGAGGUAUUUUUAUGUUCUGUACAACAUCAUGAUGAUCAUUUUCCUUUAAUAUACAAAAGCAUUCAACAUUACUGUCAUCUUCAAAUAGUUCUGUACAGUUGAGAGUCCUGUCUUGAGCAUUUUCAGAUAGUGUCUCAAAAUGUGAGUUUUUUUGCAUUUGAAAACAUUUCAGAGUAAAGUGUCAUCAUGGAAACAUGACAAAGCCGUUUGACUCUCGUGUUCAUAAACAAUGGUGCCUGAACGUCUCAUUUUGAAGACACUGACUCUUUCAUUGACAUGAAAACUUGCUUUUGAGGAAUGAACUCUCCGUUUUGAGCAAAUGACUCACUUUUGCAGGUUAUUGACUUGGUUUUGC